CACACACCAUAAAACAGGCAGCUGGCAUGCACUGUCUGACAGUGAGACCAGUGCUUGCAGUUUGAAAUUAGUUUCUGCUUUGCAGCUGUCACUUGGGCAUUUUAUGUUUGCCUCUCUUAAUGGAAGGGAACAAAAAAGUCUUGCAGCUUACCAGUGAACUAAAUGGGAUCUAACCAUAGCGAAGAAUCUGAUGCAAAAUAACAGACUGUUGGGACUCUGUGACAUAGAUCACCAAGGUAAAUGCGAUGAUGAUUAGAAACUGCGUCUGUGAGAAAGUAAAUCAGAAUUUCUGUGUUUGAAAAGUUAUUUUGCAACAGCAGUCAAAGUCUUCUGAAUUGCUGCCUGCCUUGGUGCUAGCUAUUUUAAUUUGCUUCCCAAGCUGAAAAGGCAAAGAAGGUUUUCAAAGGAAUGCAAAGGGACCAGGAGUUUUAAAAGCAGGAAGCUGAAAGUGGAUCUCCAUAAGAUGAAUUUCACCCAGCACCGUGGGACACUCCAGCCUCUCCAUUUCUGGAACCACAGCUAUGGACUGCAUGGAAGUGCCAGCGAGCUGAAUGGAAAGGGCCAUUCCUCAGGAGGCUGCUAUGAGCAACUCUUUGUAUCCCCUGAAGUGUUUGUGACUCUGGGCAUCAUCAGCUUGCUGGAGAAUGUCUUGGUCGUUGUGGCGAUAGCCAAGAACAAGAACCUCCACUCACCCAUGUACUUCUUCAUCUGUAGCUUGGCAGUGGCUGAUAUGCUAGUGAGUGUAUCUAAUGGAUCAGAAACUAUUGUCAUCACGCUGCUAAACAAUACAGACACAGAUGCACAGAGCUUUACCAUAAACAUUGACAAUGUUAUUGACUCAGUGAUUUGCAGUUCCUUGCUUGCAUCAAUUUGCAGUCUUCUGUCAAUAGCAGUGGACAGGUACUUUACUAUAUUUUAUGCCCUCCAGUACCAUAAUAUCAUGACGGUGAAGCGCGUAGGGGUCAUCAUCACAUGCAUAUGGGCUGCUUGCACCGUCUCAGGCAUUUUGUUUAUCAUUUAUUCUGACAGCAGUGUUGUCAUCAUCUGCCUUAUUAGCAUGUUCUUCACUAUGCUCAUUCUCAUGGCAUCCCUCUACGUCCACAUGUUUAUGAUGGCUCGAACACAUAUCAAAAAGAUUGCUGUUCUUCCAGGGACUGGCCCUAUUCGCCAAGGGGCCAACAUGAAAGGAGCCAUCACUCUCACCAUCCUGAUUGGAGUUUUUGUUGUGUGCUGGGCUCCAUUUUUCCUGCAUCUGAUUUUCUACAUCUCCUGCCCCUACAACCCUUACUGUGUGUGCUUCAUGUCCCACUUUAACUUCUACCUCAUUCUCAUCAUGUGCAAUUCCAUCAUCGAUCCACUUAUCUAUGCAUUCCGGAGUCAGGAGCUCAGGAAAACAUUCAAGGAGAUUAUAUGCUGCUGUAGCCUGAGAGGGCUUUGUGAUUUUCCUGGCAAAUAUUAAACUAGGUGGAUAUGUUACAGUGUAUACAACAUGCAGCAAAGACUUGCAAGCCUUUGGAUGAAUUUUGGUUUAAAUCAUGAAGAGUGAGCACUUCUUUCUGUCCCCCAUCCCUCUCAUGUUUGUAUCCUAUUCAUGUGUAAUUCAUAUUUCUGUACAAUGUUUGUGUUAUCUACAGUUUGUGAUUUAUUUGGCUGGAAAGUAGCACUUCAUACCAGUUUGUAAGUAGAUAAAUAAAUAUAAUUAUGAACGUGAAAUAUUAACAAACAUGAUCAGCUGUCUGUUCCAACUGCUGAAAAAAUAACUAACUUGCAUGACUUACAGUACGUAUUGACUGAUACUGUUCUUAUUCUAUUGAAGUAAUUAUAGCUAUCCAUUACAUUAUGCACAGCUUAAAAUAGAGCAUAUGCUUCUCUGUUAGUUGAUUAGAGGUUCUCUGGAGUCAGA